ACAGCUAAGACAAUAUUGUACAGAGUUUGACAUGAAAUUGAACAGUAGAUGUAUUGUACUCUUUCUUAUAAGUUGCCUUGUCUUGCAAACACGGGGUUACGAAUGUCCGGACAAACCACUAACUACGGGUAUACACAGCAAUACAGUGCUAAUCCCACCUGGCAUUGACUGUGUUAUUGAGCCUGGUUUAAGUAUAAAAUUAAUGGUACCCGGUAGUACAAGAUCCAUUAGGAUAAUCUAUAAAAAUGGUAAACAAGUAAACCAUCUUGAGACUAAGUAUUACAAUAUAGAUAAAGUGAGCAAUAAGAAUGACGGUCAAUAUUUGUUUUUGGACAAAGACAAUCAAACAAUAGAAUACAGUUUUGUCACUGUGGGCGUAAGGAAAAUAUUUGGGCGGCUUAACAAAUCGACGUCAUUACAUUUUAAGUUGUCAAGACCUACGGCUACAGAUGUUCAGUUUCAGUGGAAACGCCCACCACCGAAUUUCCCGACUCUUUACUUUUCACUCACGCCUAAAGAUGGAUUUAUAGAUACAAACAGUGAAAUACCUUGUGCAAUGUACACUGAUUUGGUCCAGCCUGCUCUUUAUGAUGGCAUACUUUCAAUAACAAUUGAAAAUGUCACUUGCGCCUUCCAUGACACAUACUUUCAGGUCACGGAGAGUUAUUCAGAUGGAAAUGUGGAUGUUCAUAGAUUCAAUGCCUUCAUUCUAGAAUUAGAAACGCCGCGAAUAGCCAAAAAGACUGUCGGGCCACGAAACCUUUCGCUUGAUUGCAAUUCCAUCAUAGAUGGACUAGAAGAUCCAUACAACACGAUUUGGAAUAAAAGUAAAAAAACCAAUACUGUUGAUAACAUAUUAAGAAAAGUUGAUGGGAAGACACUACACAUCGACACGCCAUUGGAAUCAUAUAACUAUAGUUGUGCUAUACAUAAAUGUGAGAAACAGUCAAAAUGGUCAGAUUCAGUGAUUGCAUCAAGUCCAGGUGUUCGCAAUUAUAAACGCACAACACAGAACCAGGAGAAGAAAGUAAGCGAUAUUUUGAACGGUACUGCAGCUGCUACAACCUCCAAGCAAGUAAACGUCGACCUUGAUGAAUUUUCCGACACGUCAUCUGCUGCGGAUGUUGGAAUCCAUAAACUAAACACCCAAGACGCUGGGGCUAGCAUUGUUUACAACAA